AUGGUCGAAAUCGAGAUCCCCGACGCCGAAGAGCUUGGUGGAAACGUCACCAAACCCUUCAAGUUCGUUACUGCUGGAUACGAUGCGCGCUUCCCCAACCAGAACCAGACCAAGCACUGCUGGCAGAACUAUGUCGACUACCACAAAUGUAUCCUAGCGAAGGGCGAAGAUUUCAAGCCAUGCAGACAGUUUUACCUUGCAUACCGAUCCUUGUGCCCCAGCUCGUGGAUCGCUAGAUGGGACGACCAGCGAGAGGCUGGAAACUUCCCCGUUGAUCUCGAGCACUAG